AUGGAACAGAAGCCCAGCACCAGAAUGCAGAUGAAAACCAUCCAGACGGACUUUGGAAAGACGAUACCAACAUUCUCCCGGAAGAAAUCCUCCAAAUUGUCCGCCAUGAAGACGAAAUACACAACAGAAGCCGAGUUGAGCGAUGAAAACAUUGCAGUUGACGAGUUGUUUGAAGAAUUAUCCGCGAUGUCUGAUCCACGACGGGCCCGCUUCGAACGCACCUCGCAUAAUAUUUCCAUAAUCGAUUGCAUCUCGUCCGUUUCUGGAAAGCAAAUAUUUUAG